GGACGUUCCGAUUGGCUGCUAUUGCGAGAGAUUUUCAAACCCUAGGCAGUCCCUAUUCGAUAACUAAUCGACACGUUCGAUAAGCAUGUACGAUAUGUAAUAUUACGAUAUAUUUAAAUCAUUUUACUUGCUUGUAUACAUAUAUCUUGCACACGUGUUCCUUCCUAACCUCCAAAGCUUCCGUCAGAGUUUGACGAAAUAUAUAUGUAUAUAUUUGCGAAAUUAUAAAAAUCAACAACAGUUAUUUUGUAGAAAUCAUUGAACUUAUAUAAUGGCGAUGCAAGUUCCGACUGAUGUAGAUGCUGAUCAAAUAAAAUCUUUUCGAGACUUUCUGACUUCGUAUAAUAAACUCUCAGAAAUUUGCUUUAUCGAUUGUAUAACCGACUUUACGACGCGAGAAGUUAGAACCAAGGAAGAGAAAUGCGCUCUUAAUUGUAUGGAAAAGUAUUUGAAAAUGAAUCAGCGAGUUUCUCAACGUUUCCAAGAAUUUCAAAUGACUGCUAAUGAAAAUGCUAUGGCAGCUGUUAAAAGACAAAGUCAGGCAAAUUAAGCUUAGUAAUAAAAAUGUAAAUAAAUAGA